GCAUAUGUGAAAACCUAUCUAUAGUUUAUAUAUAAUUUACUGAUUCAAAUCUUUAUCGAGUUCAAAACAAAAUUCCAAGCCUUAUUUUCAAUUAGAAACUCUAAAGUCACCCAAAAAAAAAUUAGAAACCCUAAUCCCAUCCAUUUCGAAAUCCUCAUCGUUGCUUGUGAAGCUGUGUUCCUCUCUGCUCGCGUCGCCGUCGUGCUCGUCGCUGCUCGCAUUGACGUCGUACUCGUCGCUGCUCGCAUCUCCUCAUCGUUGCUUCUGAAGUUGUGCUCCUCUCUGCUCGCGUCGCCGUCGUGCUCGUCUCUUUCAGAACUCAAACACAAAGGCGGGGAAGAAGGCAUUGGGGAUUAGGGUUUCUUCCGAGUUCCUGGGAACGAUUAACCAAGAGAAGAAGAUGAUCGAGGUGGUUCUGAACGAUCGAUUGGGGAAGAAGGUCCGCGUGAAAUGCAACGAUGACGACACCAUCGGAGACCUGAAGAAGCUGGUUGCAGCUCAGACAGGAACGAGGGCCGACAAGAUUCGCAUCCAGAAGUGGUACACCAUCUACAAGGAUCACAUCACCCUCAAAGAUUACGAGAUCCACGACGGCAUGGGUCUCGAGCUCUACUACAACUAAAAUCCCUCUUCAAAGGUGCUAUUAAUGGCGUAAUAUAUAGUAUGUGCUGGGAACUGGAUAAAUGUGUCAAAUGUAAUUUUUGACUUGCAAAAGACCCCUUUGAUUGGAAUAAUGUACAUACCCGAAUGAUAUUGGAUUUAAUUUGCUGUUGGAACAAUCUGUUACUUUGUUAUAUAAUAUAUAUUUGACAUGUUCUUGUUUGAUUCGUAUUAA